AAAAAAAUGUACUAUAUGUGAUGUGGUGUAGUCGGUCAUCACGUCUGCCUGGGCAGCACCAUAAAUCCUGUAUUUUACAAUUUUGUGGAAAGGCCCAUAGCCACGCGUAAUGCUUAUUUUAAUCUUUCAAAAUAAAAAAGUCGCAAUCAUUGUAGUGUUAUUCUCCUCUUUGUAGUUGUAAGUUGUAACCCGUCCCUUUACAGACCUGCCAUGGAAGCAGAAGAGCCUGUAACCCCAGUUGGGCGGUUCUUCGUGCAGGAGGAAAUUAACCAAGUUAUCAACUGCGUAAUGGGUCUCAAAAACCCAAUUAACAUAGAAUCCAUUAAAGCCGAAAUAAGGAAUUCCAUCAUGAUUCAACAUCCUAGAUUUCAAAGCGUGCUAGUCAGAAACAAGAACGGUAGAGAAUACUGGGAAAGAACCCAAAAGGUAAAUUUAGAUAACCACAUAUUUCUCAUUCAAGAUGUGAAUGAUAUCUGUACCGAUGAUGAUGAUGAGAUCGUGAAUAAAUACGUUUCAGAUCUUACAGUUUCAUCGCCUCUCAGUGCCGAUAAACCUUUAUGGGAACUACAUAUAUUGAAGGAUCAAAACGUUUUAGUAUGGAGAAUUCAUCACGCUUUAGGUGACGGGGUUUCGUUAAUGUCUUUGAUUUUAGCUAUGUGUAGGAAAGUUGAUGAGCCUGGUGAAUUACCCACUGUCCCAAAGCCAGUCAUAAAAAACAACAACAGAAGUCGUCGUGAGAAUAUUUGGGAGCUGGUAAUGAGAAUCUGGUUGAGUUUUGUGUACACAAUGGAGUUGUUUCUUAGAUGUUUCUGUUCCAAAAGAGAUGGUAAAACCAAGAUAAGUGGUGGGUCUGGCGUUGAAUUCUGGCCAAGAAAAUUGGCUACCGCUAAGUUCAAACUAGAUGAUAUGAAAGCUGUCAAGAAUGCCGUCCCUAACGCGACCACCAAUGAUGUUCUCUUUGGAGUAAUUUCAGCUGGAUUAUCGCGAUACUUGGAUUAUCAUCAACCGUCAAAUUCGAAAUUGCUAGAGGGGCUUCGAAUCACAGGAUUAGGAAUGGUUAACCUCAGAAAACAGCCCGGAUUGCAGGAUAUGUCAGAAUUGGUGAAAAACAAACCACUGUCAAGUUGGUGGGGUAAUAAAUUUGGCUUCAUAUUGCUCCCUGUUUAUCACGAUGAAAACGUUGAUAACGAUCCACUUCAGUAUGUAAAGAGAGCUAAAGAAAUGCUCGACAAAAAGAAGCUCUCUUUAGAAGCUCAUAUAGCUUAUGCAAUUGGAAAUUUUGUAAUGUCAUUUUUAGGUCCCAAGGUCGCAAUGUGGCUUAAUAACAGAGUUGUCUGCAGUACAAGUUUUACGAUAUCAAAUGUUGUUGGUCCACAAGAAGAGAUUAUGUUUGGUGGAAAUCCAAUAACUUCAUUUAGAGUAACCUCUACUAGUUUAUCUCAUGCACUCACGAUGCAUAUGGUGAGUUAUGCUGGAAAAGCAGAAAUGCAGAUUCUCGUGGCCAAGGAUAUUAUACCGGACCCUCAAUUCCUUGCCAAGUGUUUCGAAGAUGCAUUGCUUGAAAUGAAGGACGUUUCUAAAGAUUGUAUUUAGACCCACAAUCUAUAAUAUUUGCAGAAGAUAAGCUAAAUAUGCUUGCGGACUUUCCUUCUUGGCUUCUUGCGUCUCUACUGACACUGAUUCAGUCUAAAAAUAGAACGGUUAGCGAACUUCUCAAAAUUGUAGAAAAUGUUUUCGUUAAUAGGCUCUGUGAAAACAAGAAAAAUAUAUUAAAUUGUUGAAAAUGUCAAUGUGAAACCAUUACAAUUGUU